AUGUCAACACGCGCUGCGAGCAACAAUCGGGAGGUGAGGGAGACCGGCACCGGGGAACAGCCCGGAGCGAUAUGGAGUAGGGACACGGAUUCCUAUCUCCAGCUGCUGGCGUCACCCCUGGUGUCGCGAUCCCCAUCCCUGGUCCAGGAGGAUCCGGAGAAGGUCCCAGGCGUGGACCUGUCGGAGGAGGAGACGGUGGCCGAGGAGUCAGUAACGUAUGUCUCCCUAUCGUCGGAGAGUGAGGAGGACGACGGGGGUGAGACGGUCACCCCGGUGGUGUCCUUGGACGAGGACGAAGGAGGCCGUAUGGCCUACCGCAGCGUGCGGCGGGCGAUGCAGGGCCACGGGCGGAUCCGCCUAGAAGACGCGAUGCCAUUGGAAGAUCUGAAGGAUUUGCACGAGUUCGCGGACGCGCGAACGCCACGCUGCGACAGUUUGAACGGAUGGUGGUGGAGCGGAAGGCAGCCGCCGCCACACCCACCGGGUACCUGCAGCCACCGUUGCCACCGACACCACCGCUACCGUCGCAGCCACCGCCACAGAGACAGGAGCAGCGACAGGAGCAUCGUCUGCGUACUUGAGUACACGCAAAUGUUGUAUUACUAGGGAGCGGAGCAAGGUGGCACCCUUGUUGACCACCGGAUGUGACUUAAACGGGCACACCAAAAACAAAACCCAGCCAAGCGCUAUAUAAAGCGGGCGGCUGGCCUCAGAACAGAGAGUCGGUGGUCGGAGUCGACUAAGGUGGAAGUCACCAGCGAGCAGCAAGACAGCAAGAUCAGGACCAGGAUCAACAAGUGGUAACUAUUGGAGAGUAAGCUCAACCACUAAGUAUAUACCCCGCCCUAGCUGACUUCAGGGUCCUGCUUACGUCUAUACGUUGAUUUUAGGGUCGUGCUUACGUCUCUACGCUGACUUCAGGGUCCCAAAUAAUUCUCUACGCUGACUUCAGGAUCCCACAUAAUUCUCUACGCUGACUUCAGGGUCCCACAUAAUUCUCUACGCUGACCUCAGGGUCCCGCAUAAUU